GCUCUCAGUUCUCCCGAGGGGUCUAUGCCAUCUUCGGCUUCUACGAUAAAAAGUCCAUGAACACCCUGACGUCAUUCUGUGGUGCGCUGCACACCUCCUUCGUCACGCCCAGUUACCCCACCGACAACCAAGUGCAGUUUGUCAUCCAGAUGAGACCUGCACUGCGUGGGGCCGUCCUCAGCCUGCUGUCACACUACAAGUGGCAGAAGUUCGUUUACCUCUACGACACUGACAGAGGUUUCUCUAUCCUUCAGGCCAUCAUGGAGUCGGCCGUAACCAACAACUGGCAGGUGACUGCUCGGUCUGUGGGGAGCAUCACAGAUGCAGCAGAGUUCAAACGGAUCAUCGAGGAGAUGGACAGGAGGCAGGAGAAACGCUACGUCAUUGACUGUGAGGUGGACAGGAUCAACACUAUUCUAGAACAGGUGGUCUCUCUGGGGAAGAACGCCCGUGGAUACCACUACAUCCUGUCUAACCUGGGUUUCUCCAAUGUGAGCUUGGACAAGGUCUUCCUAGGCGGGGCCAACAUAUCAGGCUUCCAGAUAGUGAGCCCUGAGAACCCCAUCGUUCAACAGUUCCUACAGCGCUGGGAGAGACUGGAUGAAAGGGAAUUCCCAGAGGCCAAGAACACUCCGCUCAAGUACACGUCAGCUCUGACCCACGAUGCAAUCCUGGUGAUCGCGGAGGCAUUCCGGUACCUGCGGCGCCAACGCGUAGACGUGUCACGGCGAGGGGGCGCAGGAGACUGUCUGGCCAACCCUGCCGUGCCAUGGAGCCAGGGCAUCGACAUCGAGAGAGCACUCAAAAUGGUCCAGGUCCAGGGGAUGACGGGGAACAUCCAGUUUGACAGCUAUGGCCGACGGUCCAACUACACUAUAGACGUCUAUGAGAUGAGAACAGGGGGACCCAAAAAGAUUGGCUACUGGAACGAGUACCAGCGAUUAGUAAAUGUGUUAGAACAACAGGUGGUCGCCAACGAGUCUUCUUCUGUGGAAAACCGAACGAUUGUGGUCACUACUAUUAUGGAAGCCCCUUAUGUGAUGUACAAGAAACACCAGAUGAAUCUGGAGGGGAAUGACAGAUAUGAAGGCUACUGUGUCGAUUUAGCUGCCGAAAUUGCAAAACAUGUGGGGAUAAGAUACAAACUGUCAGUAGUAGCAGACGGGAAGUACGGUGCGCGGGAUCCAGACACCAAGACGUGGAACGGGAUGGUGGGGGAACUGGUCUAUGGGAGAGCAGAUAUAGCUGUGGCACCUCUCACCAUAACCCUGGUUCGUGAGGAGGUGAUCGACUUCUCCAAGCCCUUCAUGUCUCUGGGCAUCUCCAUCAUGAUCAAGAAGCCCCAGAAGUCUAAACCCGGGGUGUUCUCCUUCCUGGACCCGCUGGCCUAUGAGAUAUGGAUGUGCAUCGUGUUCGCCUACAUCGGUGUGAGUGUGGUCCUGUUCCUGGUCAGCCGCUUCAGCCCUUAUGAGUGGAACCUGGAUGAACAGGAUGAAACCAAAGACCCCCAGACACCUCCAGAUCCUCCCAACGACUUUGGCAUCUUCAACUCUCUGUGGUUCUCUCUGGGAGCCUUCAUGCAACAAGGAUGUGAGAUAUCACCCAGGUCCCUAUCAGGGAGAAUAGUAGGGGGCGUGUGGUGGUUUUUCACUCUCAUCAUCAUCUCGUCCUAUACGGCCAACCUGGCUGCUUUCCUCACAGUGGAGAGGAUGGUGUCCCCCAUAGAGAGUGCUGAGGACCUGGCUAAACAGACUGAGAUCGCCUACGGAACUCUAGAUGCUGGUUCCACCAAGGAGUUCUUUAGGCGAUCCAAAAUAGCAGUCUAUGAGAAAAUGUGGUCAUACAUGAAAUCGGCCGAACCGUCAGUGUUCGUCAAGACCACGCCAGACGGGGUGGCCCGGGUACGAAAGUCCAAGGGCAAGUUUGCUUUCCUCCUGGAGUCCACCAUGAACGAGUACAUAGAGCAGAGGAAACCCUGUGACACCAUGAAAGUGGGCGGAAACCUCGACUCAAAAGGAUACGGUGUGGCCACACCCAAAGGCUCAGCAUUAAGAACUCCUGUAAACCUUGCCGUAUUGAAACUCAGUGAACAAGGCAUCUUAGACAAGCUGAAAAACAAAUGGUGGUACGAUAAGGGUGAAUGUGGAACCAAGGACUCUGGAAGUAAGGUCAGUCGCUGCAGGUCUACUGUGCUGAUUCCCAGUGUUCAUAUGAACAAAUACUCAACUAUACUGAAACAUCUACAUUAGCUAUACUGUCUAUCCCUUUACCUCGUAGUAUGUUAUUUAUUCAUACAAACAACAUUCUGCCACAUACAUGUAACAAAAAUGGAGAAGUGGCUCCAAUCCAUCAUGCACUAUUUCCCCAAUUCUAAUCACAUCCCAAAAAUAUUUUGUCAUUUUUUGGGGGGGCUAAUGUUAAUGUUAAAGUCAUUUUUAUAGAAAUAGGUAAUUACUUUUUUCCCCCACACAAACUGUAAUGGUAAAUUACAUUAGGAUAUGCUUGGGGAAAUUGUAAAUUGUGUAAAAUAAUCAAACACCAUCAUUGAAUAGUUGUUGACUAGCUGUUGACAUGAAGUGCUAUUUUUUCUCAUUUUCACACUUUACAUUCAUGAUAUUCUUACCAUUAUGCUGCUGUUUCUAUUUACUAAAACUUUUAAUUAAAAUUUGAUUUAUCUGUGUUGUUACUAGGUUGCAUGGAAAUGUUUCUAUUGGGUUCUUUAGCUUCCUGUGGUGGGGGGAACAAACAAAGUCUUCUUGUUGUGAGCAACUGCUUCCAAUUAACUUCAGUAAGAUGUUACAGCACCGUGGGGUGUUUUUCAGGGUUUUGUCUGAGCGAGGAGUUGCAAUGAAGAGAUCUUGUUGUUUCCAAUCCACAUGAAGUCUAAGAAUGUAAUAAACCUCUUUUUUUAACCCUCUGAGACCUAGUCAGGCUAAUGAACUAACAGAUCACUGUCUGUAGCCUCGACGGCGUAGCUAUACAUUUUCCACAGAUAUAGACUCUCAGUCAAACCUCAAAGGGUUAAAGUGCAAAUGGUAAAACUCUCAUGAACAAAUGUUCAAUUAACAUGUUUGGGAAGUAAGCAGCAGCAAAAUGAUUUGAUUCCGUUCUGAAAAUGGCUUCUGGUAUUUUUUUGAUGUCAGAGAGAUUUGACUACACAGUAUCACAGUUUACCAAGACAUUUUAUUAUUUUCAGGACAGGGCUUGAAAUGUUGACCUGUGAGUUACUGACCGCAGCUUCCUUAUAUGGAAGAAGACCUGUAGAAUAGGGGAAGCUCUACAUUCACCUAGAUCAAACUAAAGCGGUGACUCGUCUCUCCUUCAUUGGAGAGUGGUCUGACUAUGGUGUUCAGAUGUUCCUCACAACUUCUUGGACCACUAUAGGAAAACCAGUCCAAUCUGGACCUCUUCUAGAGUCAACCUCAGCCAUCCUUUACUUUGUCAACCUUCUGUUGCUAUUAGCCUCUGGUCUGUAGUAUGAUCUGCCAUUGGUAGCAUCAGACAUGUUUCAGUGUCAGAGAGAGAGUUUGUAGAAGGGGUCUGAUAAUAGACUAUCCAUGUGAGUUCUAAGUGUUAGGUAUUUUACUGUUAUAAGACUGUAAGGAUCAGUUGGAGGCCUGUCGUUACUGUGCUUUAGAGCCAUACUGGUAGGCUGCACUGUUCUCUACAGAACUCUCUCCACCGCAAACCCUCUAACGAUGUUCUUCACCUUCCCCAGGACAAGACAAGUGCUCUCAGCCUGAGCAAUGUGGCUGGAGUCUUCUAUAUUCUGGUUGGAGGGCUGGGGCUGGCCAUGAUGGUGGCUCU